GUUAGAUCUAUUUUUCACACCAUGGAAGUCCAAUCUUCCUUGGCAAUCAUCAUCUUCUUCUCACUCUCAUUGCUUUUGCUUGCAAAGAACUAUAAGCAAAAGGGUCUCAGAAAAAUGCCACCAGGGCCAUGGAAGCUACCUAUCAUAGGGAACCUGCAUCAACUAGCAGUAGCAGGUACACUUCCUCAUCGUGCUCUGGGAAAACUAGCACAAAAAUAUGGACCCUUGAUGCACCUACAACUAGGUGAGAUUUCUGCAGUGAUUGUAUCAUCCCCCAACACAGCCAAGAAAAUAAUGAAAACACAUGAUCUUGCUUUUGCACAGAGGCUGAAAUUUCUUGCUUCUGAUAUUAUGGGCUAUGGAUCGGCAGACAUAGCUUUUGCUCCAUAUGGUGAUUACUGGAGACAGAUGAGGAAAUUAUGUACAUUGGAGCUUUUGAGUGCAAAGAAGGUUCAGUCAUUCUUCCAUAUUAGAGAAGAAGAGGUGGCCAAACUCAUAGAAACAAUUCAGUCAUCUGCAGGUGAACCAGUUGAUAUUUCUAGUAGAUUUGGCUCUUCCAUAAGUACCUUUGUUUCUAGAGCAACAUUUGGUAAAAUAACCGAAGAUCAUGAAGAAUUUUUGUUGACUGUAAAGGAAGCAAUAGAAGUUGCAGACGGCUUUGACCUUGCGGAUGCGUUUCCUUCUCUCAAACCUAUACAUCACAUAACCGGGUUGAAAGCCAAAUUGGAUAAGAUGCAUAACAAAAGUGACAAGAUCUUAGAGAAGAUCAUGAAGGAAAAUCAAGCUAAAGAAGGCACGGGAGAAGAAAAGAAUGAAAAUCUAGUUGAAGUUCUUUUAAGAUUCCAACAUAGAGGCAACCUUGAGACCCCAAUUACGAACAACAAUAUCAAAGCUGUGAUUUGGGACAUAUUUUCUGCCGGGACGGAUACUUCAACAAAAGUACUAGAGUGGGCUAUGUCAGAAAUGAUGAGAAACCCAAGAGUAAGGGAGAAGGCACAAGAUGAAAUUAGAAAAAAGUUUAGUUUUAAGGAAACAAUAGAUGAGAACAACCUGGGCGAACUUAGGUAUUUGAAGGCAGUGAUAAGAGAAACCUUGAGGUUACACCCACCUCUUCCUUUGUUGCUUCCGAGAGAGUGCAUAGAAUCAUGCAGGAUUGCUGGUUAUGAUAUACCCAUUAAGACGAAAGUGAUAGUGAACGCAUGGGCAAUAGGAAGAGAUGCUGAGCACUGGCAUGAUGCGGAAAGCUUUGUACCAGAAAGGUUCCUUGAUACAUGUAUCGAUUUCAAAGGAACAGACUUUGAGUUUAUCCCUUUUGGGGCAGGAAGGAGAAUGUGUCCGGGACUCUCAUUCGGUAUAGCCAGUGUUGAGUUUGCUCUAGCUAAAAUACUGUAUCACUUCGACUGGGAACUCCCACCAGGAAUGAAACCAGAGGAGAUUGACAUGGAUGAAGCAUUCGGAGCUGUGGUUGGAAGGAAAAACAACCUGCACUUGAUUCCCAUUCCUUACGAUAAUACUUUUAAUCCGUGACGAUAGUUCUAUUUGUUAAGAUAUUAUUUAUUUUUAAAUCAUUCUCUUGCAAGGAAGAUCCAAAAGAAAGUGUUAUGUAUUUGUAUACCUUCUUUUAA